AUGGAGUCCGCCAACGAGAACGCUGGUAGCACCAAACGUUCAGGAAUCAAGCCGCCAUCGACAUUCUCCCACAUCCCAUCCUCACCCACUCGCGCCCUCGGUGAAUUGCACGAGUCCACUACCAACGUGCGCAGCGCAAUGCCCAUCCCUACCGCAAAGCACAAGCCCUCUGGCUUGCCCGAGCCGGCCUUCAAGCAACGGAGGACACUGACUGAGCAAGCCCCCGAACCCGCCUCGCGAAGGCUACCCGCGCCCUCCAAGAUCGCCAAUGGCGUCAAGUCCGCUGUCGCUCGCAGCAUGGCCGCCUCGACCUCGCGCACAAUGACCAAAUCGACAGUCAAGAACACAUCUGUAUCUGCCUACGCAAGCAGUGUCGGCGCUGUUCCCAGACCCGCCCCAACCACGAGGCCGAAAUCGGCCUAUGGCCAAAGUACACACACUAGGAGCAAGUCCUACCACCAGGGAUCCCGCCCUGCAACGUCAAUGAUGAAUCGACCAGAUGACGACGACAGUGAACAAGCAGAGCGCAAAGGUGUGCAACCAUUUCUUAUCUCUUCAGUCCCAUUCGCCCAUGUCACAGUAUCUAGAGGGAUGUUUUCAGUCUCUAAGCAGCGCACAACUCCCUCAAGUGAUUUCCAAGUACAGCCUGUUCGUGUGCCAGAGUCCCCAACAGUUUCUUCUCCUUCCACCUUUCGCCCCAUCACUCCAGUCAUUGAAGAGCCCGUCGUGACCGACUAUGAUGUCAUCUGCACUGGACUUGGAGCGCUCAAUCUAGUCGCAUCCAAGGCAGAGAGGCAUGAAAGUCGGACCGGACGCGGAAUGGCUUCUGACAACGGAACAAGCUCCUUUCUUAAGCCAAAACUUCCUUUGUCACAACUUCCUCAGCCGGUGCAGACACCUGUGCGGUGGCGUGAGCAGCAGCAACAGAUAGAUCAAUCACCCUACUGGCCCAUGUCAAUCACGCCGAGGCGAUUACAGUCAGCACCAUUUCUAAACCGUUUUACUAACGAUCGUUGUCCAGAUUUCUACAAUGAGCGUAUGGAGGCCAUGGAACGCGACUUUCGCUCCUUCAAGGAGAAGAUGGAGAUGGAUGUGCGACAAGCUACUGACUACAAGGAAUCAAUUCAGCAGCUCCAAGGCCGAGUUACCGAGCUCGAAACUAUCCGCGCACGCCUGGAGAUUGUGAACAAGGGGCUCGAGACGGAACUCAACGAUAGUCGUACUAGUCUCAAAUCAGUCAAGAUGGAACUGGAAAUGGCCCAGCAGAAACACACAUAUGAAGUUGAUGACGUACGACGGAGGCUGCGCAACGAAGUUGAAGACUUGGAAUCGCGACACCGAAAAGACACAGACCGGUUGGAACGGGAACGAGAUGAGGUAGAAAGAAAGACACGUGUGGAAUUCGAGGCACGGAUCGACAAGUUAUUGAAAGAGCAUGAGGAAGAGAUCCAGGUGCUGCGCAAGAAGCUCGACUCGGACUCUGAAGCGGAGCGGAGCAGGCGCGCACAAGAGGCCCAAAAGAUUGAGGAAGAGUAUGCUUCCAAACUCCGAGCUGCCGCUCUAGAUGCAGAUGUCAAGCAACGUGAAGCACAACUCCUGCAAGGCGAGCUCACCAAUGUCAAGUCAGAACUCGAUCGCGAAAGAACCCUCAAGAUUGGCCUCCAGAACCAACUAACAGAAGCAACGUCCCUCAACCUUACACUGGAGGCAGCGAACAAGGCUAUGAAAGAGAAGAUUAACUUUCUCGAAUCUGACAGCCAGGCACAGUCGUCCGCCUUCAACGACCUUCACAAGAGAAUGCAAGAUGCCAUUGAGGCGGCGGAAAGAGCACACGACAAACUCCGACAAGAAGAGACAUUGCGCCGAAAGCUAUUCAACCAAGUCCAAGAGCUUAAAGGCAACAUCCGAGUCAUGUGCCGUGUACGGCCAGCCCACGCUACCGAGAGGGACCCGGCGCAGAUUGCCUUCCCUGACAAUGAUACCGACAGCAAGGAAGUUGCCAUUACCGGUCCAAGCAAACAGAGCGCGACUGGCAAGGAUAUUACUGCCUCAUACUCGUACUCGUUUGAUCGUGUGUUCGGUCCGACGUCCCAGAACGGAGAGGUUUUCGAGGAGAUUAGCCAGCUUGUACAGAGCGCUCUCGAUGGCUACAACGUGUGCAUCUUCUGUUACGGUCAGACCGGCUCUGGAAAGACACAUACCAUGUCAUCAGCUGACGGUAUGAUUCCGCGUGCCACAGCCCAGAUUUGGGAUGAAGCGCAGCGACUGCAAGAAAAAGGCUGGCGAUACACAAUGGAGGGUUCGUUCAUCGAGGUCUACAACGAAACGUACAACGACUUGCUUGGUCGGUCAGAAGACCUGGAUAAGAAAAAGGUCGAAGUCCGACACGACCCUGUAAAGAAGCAGACUAACCUGGACAACGCCGUGAGUGUAAUGCUGGAUGGCCCUGGCCGUGUCGAGGAGAUUCUCGAAACGGCUAGCAAGAACAGAACUGUGGCUGCUACAAAAGCCAACAUGCGAUCAAGUCGAAGUCACUCAGUCUUCAUUCUAAGGCUCGUUGGCACCAACGAUAUCACAGGUGAACGGAGCGAGGGAACACUCAACCUGGUUGACCUUGCGGGAUCCGAGCGACUCGAGCACUCCAAGGUCGAAGGCGCGCGCCUGAAAGAAACACAGAACAUCAACAAGAGUCUGAGCUGUCUUGGCGAUGUAAUCAACGCUCUCGGGUCGGCAAAAGAAGGCGGUCACAUUCCGUACAGAAACUCAAAGCUUACCUAUCUCCUCCAAUACUCGCUGGGCGGCAACUCCAAGACUCUCAUGUUCGUCAUGGUUAGCCCGCUCCAGGCGCACUUGCAAGAGACGAUUACCAGUCUCAAGUUUGCGACAAAGGUGCAUAAUACGCAUAUCGGUACUGCGAAGAAGCAGACCAAGACUUCUUCGUGA